GGGAGGCAGUACCGGGGCCGGAUUGGGCUGAGGCGGGACCGGCACCGGAGACUGGCGGGGACUGAACCGGACCGUUCCCGGUACCGGAACGGCACCGAUCCAUCCCCCGCCACCGAGCCGAGCCGUGUCCUCUCUGUCCGGCAGCCCCGGUGCCCCCGCCAUGCUGCCCCGAGCCGCUUGGGCGGCUCUCCGGUAACACCGGGCGGGUCUCCGGUAACACCGGGCGGCUCCCCGGUAACACCGGGCGGCCCCGCGAUGCUGCGGCGGCUGCUGGAGCGACCGUGCUCGCUGGCGCUGCUGGUCGGGUGCCAGUUCGCCUUCGUGGCGUAUUUCUCGCUGGGCGGGUUCCGGAACCUCACGGCGCUGUUCGGUCGAGCCGCCGGUCCCGCCGUGGAUUAUUCCCGGACCCACGACGUGUACGCCAACCUGAGCCGCGUGGCUACCGGCGGCGGCACUGGGAACGGCCCCGACGCGCCGCCGGACCCCGCCAGGCCGCUGCCGUUCUGCCCGGAAAGAUCGCCGUUCCUCGUGGGCCCGCUGGCCGUGUCCUUCGCCCGGGUGCCGUCGCUGGAGCAGAUCCAGGCCAAGAACCCGGCGGUGCGGGCGGGGGGCCGGUACCGGCCGCCCCGCUGCGAGCCCCGCUCCCGCACGGCGCUCAUCGUCCCGCACCGCAACCGCGAGGCGCACCUGGGCCACCUGCUCUACUACCUGCACCCCUUCCUGCAGCGCCAGCAGCUCGCCUACGGCAUCUACGUCGUGCACCAGGCCGGGAACUGCACGUUUAACCGGGCCAAGCUGCUGAACGUGGGCGUGAAGGAGGCUCUGAAGGACGAGGACUGGGACUGCCUGUUCCUGCACGACGUGGACCUGAUCCCCGAGAACGACCACAACCUCUACACCUGCGACCCCUGGAACCCCAAACACGCCUCGGUGGCCAUGAACAAAUUCGGUUACAGCCUGCCCUACCCGCAGUAUUUCGGGGGGGUCUCAGCGCUGACCCCCGACCAGUACAUGAAGAUCAACGGGUUCCCCAACGAGUACUGGGGCUGGGGGGGCGAGGACGAUGACAUCGCCACCAGGGUGCGGCUGGCCGGGAUGAAGAUCUCCCGCCCGCCCGUCUCCAUCGGCCACUACAAGAUGGUGAAGCACAAGAGCGACAAAGGCAACGAGGAGAACCCGCACAGGUUCGACCUGCUGGUGCGGACGCAGCGGACGUGGACGCAGGACGGGAUGAACUCGCUGAGCUACGCGCUGCUGGCGCGGGAGCUGCGCCCGCUCUACACCAACCUGACGGCCGACAUCGGCUGCGACCCCCGCGCCCGGCCCCGCGCCCCCCAGGCCGGCGGCGCCAGCCGCUUCCGCCAGGAGAUGCUGCGCAAGUCCCCCCGCGGGGACCUGCCACCGCUGCCACCCGCGCUGCCGCCCGCCCGCAACGCCAGCGCGGCCGCGGCGCCGCGGGGCAACCACAGCCUGGCACCCCCGCCCUGA